CUUGCGUACCACAUCAAGAUCUGAGAGUGAGAAUACAUUCUUCAGACACUUUACUAACCGGAACCUUGCCUUGAUUGAAUUUUGGGUCAGAUUUGAAACAGCUUUGGAGGAACAACGGCAAAAAGAAUUACAAGAAGAUAAUGCUAGCCUUCAUACACUGCCUAUACUCAAGACUUGUUGGAGUAUCGAGAGUCAUGGUAGAGAAGUGUAUACUCAUGAGGUUUUUGCUGAAUUUCAGAGUCAGGUGCUAGCAGCGAGGGAUUAUUGUCAUGUCAAAACAAUCACGCAGAUUGGUGAGCUCCGCACCAUCAGCAUUAGCAGCAACAGUGGCAAGGUUAGACAAGUUAGUUUCAACACUAGCACUAAGGAAACACACUGUUCUUGUAGGAUGUUUGAAUCCUUGGGUAUCAUUUGCCGUCGCAUCAUUGUUGUCCUAAAGAAUGAGGGUUGUAAUGAAAUUCCUAGUCAAUAUGUGCUACAUAGGUGGACUAAAAUGGCUGCGCGACACCUUGCCUAUGAUGCCAACGACCAUGAGCUACAAGGGUCAUCUACAUGUCUUCCACCUGUCAUAAAGAAGUUGUACGCGGAAACAUGUUCAAAUUUCAGCCUGGCAUUUCAUGUCGCAAAACAUAGUGAGGAGAAGAUGAGAUAUCUUCACAAGGCUAUUGGUGAUGCCUACACACAAUUGGGGCAGGAGGGAACAGUUAGUGAGCAAAGUAAAGUUCAAGAAUUUGAAUCCUUCGUUGGAACAUCAUUCCCAACUGUGAUCAACAUUCACCCACCAGAUGUAGCAAAAACAAAAGGGAGUGGUAAGAGAUUGAAAAGGGGCUCGAAGCAGACCGUGACCCAAAAGAAAAAGAGGGCCAAAGAGCAUCACAAAAAUAAGUAGUUGUGGUGGUCUCACUGAUGCGAUGUUGGAAUAAUUAUUUUUAGUCAUUUUGUGUAGACUUGGUAUAGUGGAAAUCAAUCCAUUCAAGUCUGUGCUUCUCUGUCA